UUUUUUUUUUAAUUAGGCGGAGGCGUUGACGGAUGAGGUUUAUGCUCAGCUUUCGCUUGUCGCUGAAACUGAGGAGGUGGAGCAACGCAUCCAUGAGGCUGGCGUUGAAGGUGACGGGGAAAUGGAGGACGAUGACACCGAGAAGAGGUCGUCGAUGCCCCAUAUGUUCUGCAAGACGCUCACUGCGUCAGACACGAGCACUCAUGGUGGAUUCUCCGUCCCUCGUCGAGCUGCUGAGGACUGCUUCCCUCCCCUGGAUUAUAAGCAGCAGAGGCCUUCUCAAGAGCUCGUUGCAAAAGAUUUACAUGGCACGGAGUGGAGGUUUCGCCAUAUCUAUAGAGGUCAACCACGUAGGCAUCUGUUAACUACAGGGUGGACUGCAUUCGUCAAUAAGAAGAAGCUGGUCUCAGGGGAUGCUGUGCUCUUUCUUCGAAGCCACAGUGGGGAGCUAAGAUUGGGCAUACGAAGAGCUGUCCAACUAAAAACUGGAGCACCUUUUCAAGCACUCCAUAACCAGAACUCGUGUAUCAGCACCCUGGCUACUGUCGCUAGUGCUGUGUCCAUGAAAAGUGUGUUCCACAUCUAUUACAAUCCAAGGGCAAGCCCGUCUGAGUUCAUUGUACCUUAUUGGAAGUUUACGAAGAGCUUCAGCCAUCCAUUUGCUAUCGGAAUGAGGUUUAAGAUGCGAUACGAAAGUGAGGAUGCUGCAGAGAGAAGAUAUACAGGACUGAUAACUGGAAUCAGUGACGUUGACCCUAUAAGAUGGCCUGGAUCAAAAUGGAGAUGUUUACUGGUAAGGUGGGACGAGGAUGUAGACAUCAGUCGUCAAAAUAGGGUCUCUCCAUGGGAGAUCGAGCCAACUGGUUCCAUUUCAGGCUCCCAUGGUCUCUCCCCGUCCAGCUCGAAAAGGGCAAAAAUGUCUCUUCCCACGGUCAAUUCAGAAUUUCCAGUUCCGAAUGGAAGUGGUUCCACAGACUUGGGGGAAUCUUCAAGAUUCCACAAGGUCUUGCAAGGUCAAGAAAUUUUGGGUUUUCGUACUCUUCGCGAUGGUAUGGAUGUUUCAAGGAACACCCAAUACCCAUAUGCUUUGAGUGGUUCGAGAAGUGGUGCUGGAAAUCCAGUUGGAAUCUCUGGAUUUCCUCACCAUUGUGCGGGCUUUGGCGAAUCUUUUAGAUUCCAAAAGGUCUUGCAAGGUCAAGAAUUAUUUCCUCAUCAUCGAGGAACUUUAGUUGAUGCUUCUACAAGAAAUUCUGGUUUUGGCUCGUCUGCUGCUUUGAAUAGAUGGCCUGGUCAAGCACAGGGAUAUGCUUCUUUCGCGCAGUCAUCAAAUCCGCCAACUCAAGCAUCUUCUCCAUCAUCUGUGCUUAUGUUUCAACCGACAAACACUGUGAUCCCCCUUAUUCAGACCGUGCAUAGGCAAUGGGAUAAAGGUGAUUGUAUCAACGAGCGCUUCGAGAUGGGGAAUGUCUACACUCGAUAUAUUGCUAAGCCAGGGUUAAAUAACAGGGAUGUUAGCAGGAAUGGUUGCAAACUUUUCGGUUUCUCGCUAACUGAGAGGAUUCCUGUGACGGAUGAAGGGGAUAGCGGGGAGGUCAAUUGUGAAACUGAAUUUCAGGCUUCACGGCCAUCACUGGAACGCAAUUGUACUGCGGAAAGAGCUCUUUAUGCUCUCUGCGCAGCUCCUCUUUAGGACGCUCUUUGCUCUUUAUUAUUAAUAAGUACAGCAGGUUCGCAAGCAAGGGGAAUGUUGCAGGGAUGUUUUCUUGAUGUUCCAAAGUUUCGUAUAAGGUAUUCUAAUUUAGGAAGCUGCAGUGGUAACUUGAUGUGCAAAGAAUGAUGACCGGGAUCUGAACGGGAUCAAUCAGCAAAAUGUUUGUUGUCCAUAACUAUGAUGCAAUUUUUAUGAUGUUAGCGGGCAAUGAGGCUUAACAAUUAACAGAGACUUUUUGGCAAGUUUGCCUCCGAUAUUUCGAUAAUGAGUUGUAGAUGAAAAGCAGUACGUUCGAUGGAGAUGCUGCUGCCUUUAUCAGAUGAAGCACCUUUCUCCCUCAAUUUCAACCAGUACGUGGUCUGCGAUCGUCUUAUAAUUUGCAUAUAAAUCUCGCAUUUUCUUGGUUUGCUUCUUACCUGUAUCUGUCCUUCUCGAAUUCUGCUAAGUACUGGUUACGAACCUUAUGUAAGUUAAUUAGGUUAAACGUUCCCUUUAAAUACCGUCAAUGUUGGACCAAGAAAUUGGUAAUUUUCAGGUGUUUGUAUGCCUCUAUUUGUAGUAGUCUUUUUUGUUUCCGAAAGGUGAGUUGAUUUU